UUUUUCCGGGAAAAAAAGGGCAGAUUUACGAGGAAAUAGGUUAAAAUGUCAGAAGAGGAAUUUAGUGAUGAAGAAGUAUUUGAUGAAAUGUCAAAUAAUGGGAUUCUUGAAGACAGCAUAGGUGAAUCAGAGAUUGAGUUUGAUGACAAUGAAGCAUUUUCAGUAUUUUCAGAGGAAAAGAAUAAACAGAAGGCAUAUGAAGUAGAAUUUUAUGUUCAAUCGGUCCAAGAUAUCCGUAAUGAUCAGGAUAAUCAUGUUAAACAUAUUUCUGGAAUGUUUGGAAUUUCAGAGGAGCAGUCUACAUCGCUUCUUCGUUAUUUUAGAUGGAAUAAAGAGAGGCUUAUUGAGCAAUAUAUGGAUAAUCCGAACAUGGUUUUACAAACGGUGGGAAUUACGACUGAUUCAUCGACAAUAUUAGCGUUAAAAACGAUUCCUAAUUUUGUAUGUGAAAUAUGUUGUGAAGAUGAGAAGAAUCUUCAAACGUAUGCAUUAGAAUGUGGCCAUCGAUAUUGUAUACAUUGCUAUGAGCAUUAUCUUGUGCAAAAAAUUAAAGAAGAAGGAGAAUCAUGUAGGAUUUAUUGUCCGGGGGAAAAAUGCAAUUAUAUAGUGACAGAACGUUCGGUAGAACUUCUCGUUCCACCAGAAAUAUCUCGAAGAUAUAUCGCGCUUCUUGAUCGGACGUAUGUUAAUAAUAACGAACAUCUUCGAUAUUGUCCAGCACCUAACUGUGAAUAUACGAUUAAGUGCAGGGUAGAACAACGUCAAUUAACAUCGAUCGUUCCUACGGUCGUUUGUCUUUGUGGUCAACGAUUUUGUUUUGGUUGUGGGCUUUCAGAUCAUCAGCCUUGUAUAUGCAUAUUAGUGAAGAUGUGGCUAAAGAAGUGUGAAGACGAUUCCGAAACGGCAAACUGGAUUUCCGCUAAUACAAAAGAAUGCCCAAAAUGCAAUGCUACAAUAGAGAAAAACGGGGGAUGCAAUCAUAUGAUUUGCAAAAAAUGUAAAUACGAAUUUUGCUGGGUAUGUACGGGUCCAUGGAGUGAACAUGGCACAAAUUGGUAUAAUUGUAAUCGGUAUGAUGAGAAAAGUAAAAUCAAUUUUCAAGAUCAACAAGCGCAAUCUCGUGCAUUAUUAGAACGAUACUUACAUUAUUAUAAUAGAUUUUCAAAUCAUGAGCAAUCAGCAAAAUUAGAUAGAGAACUUUAUCUUAGAACGGAGAAAAAAAUGACUCAAUUACAAAUCACAUCCGAUAUGUCUUGGAUUGAAGUUCAAUUUCUUCGUAGAGCCAUUGAUAUUCUUUGUCAAUGUAGACAAACCUUGAAAUGGACAUACGCAUUUUCAUUUUAUCUUGCAAGAAAUAACGCAACAGAAAUAUUCGAGGAUAAUCAAAGAGAUUUGGAAAUGGCUGUAGAAAGCCUUAGUGGCCUAUGCGAAAAACCUAUCAACAUUGAUCAAAUAUCUCAAUUUAAACAAGCUAUUCUAGAUAAAACAGUAUAUGUCAGUAAUCGUCGAGAAAUCUUAUUAGAAGACACUGCAAAAGGAUUUUUGGAAGAUCGAUGGUCAUUCAAUGUUCCAUUAAGAUAAUUUAUUAUUUGGCUUAUAUCGAAAAAAUAAAACUCAUCGUAUCA